CGCUUCAGUGUUUGGUAAACCGAUUUUUGGGGAGAAAAAUUUUGCCCUACCGCCGGCUAUAUAGAUCGCCUCUUCAAAAAACUAAUUUUUAUUCACUUAAAAAGCCAUAGAAAACAGUAAACUAAUCUACGAUAACACAGUAAUCGACACUGACUCAGUAACGAUGGAUCACCAAACGGAGAUCAUUAUUACCGUGCUGGGUAUUGCGUUCAUUCACGGACUAAUUUUCUAUUUGGUGUCCCGAAAAUCUCGCACCAACAUCCGUGGCAAACAUGUCGUGGUGACAGGUGGAUCCAGUGGAAUCGGUCUUUGGGCAGCGAUCGAAUGUGUGCGCCUUGGUGCCGAUAUUACGAUAGUAGCUCGAAAUGUUCAACAGCUCGAAAAUGCCAAACAACAACUACUCGAGCGAAAGGUCCGCGAUGAUCAAAAGAUCGAGUACAUUUCGAUUGAUCUGACCAAGAGCUACAACACGGUCGUGACCAGCUUUGAGGACAUAGAGAACCGUUUGGGUCCGAUUUUCAUGCUUGUUAACUGUGCCGGAAUGGCUGUAUGUGGAACGAUUGAGAAUACUUCAAUUGAGGACGCCAAACUUAUGAUGGAUGUUAAUUACUUUGCAACCUUCUAUCCGACACGUUUUGUCCUACCGAAAAUGAAACAGGCCAAGGAAGGAAUUAUAGUGAUCACAGCUUCCCAGGCCGCACUGGUUGGACUGUACGGUUACGGAGCUUACGCCGCAUCGAAGUUUGCCCUUCGUGGUCUAGCGGAAACAAUUGCCAUGGAAGUGAAACACUGCGGAGUGAGCGUUACGUUGGCCCUUCCCGCCGACACUGACACACCUGGGCUGGCACGGGAGAACGAAUCAAAACCGAUCGAAACCAAGAUUAUUUCCGGCUCCGGUGGGCUAGCCAAACCGGAGGACGUGGGAAGAAAAAUUGUGCACGAUGCGUUGAAAGGUUCAUUCUUCUCGAUUUUAGGCAUUGAAAGCUGGAUUUUGAGUACAUUGUGCGUCGGAAUGGCUCCGUGGAAGGGUCCAGUGCUGUGUAUCUUGCAGUUUUAUUUGCUCGGACCGCUGCGCUUGCUCGGAUUGCUGAUUCAGUGGAAUUUCCAACGGAUUAUUCGGAACUGUGCCAAAGAAAAGGACAGGGCAAGGGUCGAGUAAUUCUUGAACUAUCGAUACGCAUAUAGCGGUAGUACAGUAUAGUUAUCAGAACGUUGCAUUUCAGCGAGUAAUCUUUCAAUUCAAUUAUAAGCUGCACCAAAUUCAAUUACAAUUUCGAUAAGAUACACAUAGUAGAGCAAUAAAGUAGUGGUAGUUCGAAAAGUUAAAUGCUUCAUCGCUAGUCUUUAGGCACAAAUAGAAUGACGCGUUGCAAAUGGAAUGUCGAAAGCCUGGUUUGGAAAAUCUAUAAAAUGUUUUCUGAAUCGAACGAAGCUAAGCUGUCCAGAGAGUAAGAUUCAAUAUAAGAUCUGUUUCCAGUUUUUAAAUUAUUAAAACAAGGACGUGAUAUAUCUUUC